GCCGUCCGCGUCGCCGCCCACGCCUCUGUCAACGACCAUCAUGUCUUUCCUCUCACCGCCGACAACGGCGGUGGCGAGACUGCAUACCCUACAGUUUCUGCACGUAUGCCCACCUCGAUCGUCUUCCCUGAUAUUCUUCAGGGCCCAUUCACGAGCACUCAACAUUCUGCACGGUCGUCAGCUCACACAGCCACGCGUUAUACCAUUCCAAUGGAGAUGCUUUUCGUCGACUCCGAGUUCUUCGCAAGGCCCGCCGUCACCGCGGCCUAUUCGCAAGGAAGAGGUUGCCCAGACAUCGCCGGCACUGAAGCCGAAGCGUUCAAUAUUAUCCAGACUCAUUCCCUCGUCCGGCGAAGAUCCAGGCAAAACCACGUCGUCCUUUCGCGCCAUAGUCUCUCUAGCCAAACCAGAAAAAAAGCCCCUGAUUCUUGCCGUCGGCCUUCUCCUAGUCUCGUCCUCCGUAUCCAUGAGUAUUCCGUUUACAAUCGGGAAAUUGAUUGAUUACUUCACGUCGAGCAAUCCCCAAAUACCUAUGGGUUUAUCGUUGGGACAGUCAUCUGCUAUCCUGUUAUUUUUGUUCACGGUCGGAGCAUUUGCCAAUGCUGGUCGUGCUAUGCUCAUGCGGAUAUCUGGUCAGCGGAUAGUUGCUCGGCUACGAGAACGAACCUAUGCCGCCGCCACAAAGCAAGAGGUCGAAUUCGUUGAGCGCGGAGAGGGAGACAUCAUUAGCAGGCUCAGCGUUGACUCCAGCAUCGUUGGUGAGAGUGUAACAAACAAUCUCUCGGAUGGCUUGCGGUCAAUUAUUAUGGCGUCUGCCGGACUCGGCGCUAUGUUUUACAUCUCCCCACAGCUUACUUUGCUCAUGCUUACGGUCGUACCGCCUGUCUCGUUGGGUGCAGUGUUCUAUGGCAGAUAUCUGAAGAGGCUCUCGAACAAGACACAGGAGGCUCUCGGUGAUAUGACAAAGGUCGCUCAAGAAUCACUCUCAGCUCUCCGCACGGUGCAAGCAUACAAUGCUAUGGAGCCCGAGCAGGCGAAGUUCCGCAACAAGGCCCAAAGUGUCUUCAACCUUGCGAGGAAGGAAGCAAUUGCGAGUGGUAUCUUCUUCGGAAGCACUGGCUGGAGUGGAAACGUGACUUUAUUGGCUCUCCUUGGGUAUGGAGGGACACUUGUUAGUCAAGGCGCAAUCUCAGUCGGUGACUUGACAAGUUUGCUGUUAUACACGGUCUAUGUUGGGGGUGGUUUGCAAACUCUAACCUCGUUCUUCUCCUCCAUUAUGCGUGGCAUAGGUGCAGGUGUCCGCAUCUUCGAUCUUUUGGAGCGCAAGCCUGUCAUCGACCCGGAGGUGGGCGUGCCUGUCGACCCAGCGAGGCGCGGCCCGAUCCGCUUCGAGGAUGUCUGUUUCCGGUACCCGAGUCGCAAGGAAGUGACUGUCCUGCAAGAUCUCAACCUUGAGAUUCGCCCUGGCGAAAGCGUCGCGCUCGUGGGUGGAAGUGGUAGUGGCAAGUCCUCAAUCAACGCGCUGCUGCUCCGGUAUUACGACCCAAUAAAGGGCAGAGUUACUUAUGACGGCCAAGACAUUCGCCAGUUCAACCCUGCCUCGUGGCGCAGCAUCAUCGGUGUGGUCCCACAAGAUCCUAUUCUCUUCACCGGGACUAUCGCGUCCAACAUCGCGUAUGGCAGUGAGAGUGCCACUCGAGAGCAGAUUGAGGCAGCGGCCCGUCAAGCUAACUGCGAAUAUGUUUGGGGUAUGCCCAAGGGAUUCGAUACUGAAAUUGGUCGGAUGAGUUUGAGCGGCGGGCAGCGACAACGGUUGGCCAUCGCGCGAGCGUUACUGAAGAAACCGGCAAUCCUGGCGCUAGAUGAAGCGACGAGUGCAUUGGACGCGACAUCGGAACAUCGGGUUAACGAUGCUAUCGAGAGGAUUCUUCGAUCAAGGCAAACGACGUGUCUUAUCGUCGCACACAGGCUGUCGACAAUCGCACGUGCAGAACGCAUAGUGGUCUUGGAAGACGGUCGGAUAACGGAGAGUGGAACAUACCGGCAGCUCGUCAACCGCACGGAUUCAAGGUUCCGUGCCCUCAUGUCAGCACAACUUAGUGCUGCGGCAGGUGACGCCCCGACACCUCUCCAAGAUGCAGGAGACGGGCCCGAAGGCGAGUCGGAGGUAAAGCCGGAGCCGCCGGUCGAACCGCCAGCCGAACCGCAGCCGCGCAAGGCUCAGGAGGUGUUGAUGUAAGCUGUCACCUUCGGGGCCGAUUUGUUGACGCGUCAAACUACUUCGUGACUCACCUGGACUAUCGAACGGACCCCGCUGGUACUGCAGGACCCGACGAGUUUCAUGUUAAGUAAUACAUUCCAACAUACGGGUACUGUAUCGAUAUACUGUCUUCCAUAAUGUGCCAACAAGCUUAGAACAUAGAUUACACGCUACUCUACUUUGAAACCCCCC